AUGGAACCUGGAGUAGCAGCAGCAGCUUAUGGCGUAGAGACAGCCGUCGAGGGUGCUGCUGGCGCCGCGGUGGCCAUUGCCAAGUCCACAAUGCCAUUGAAAGCUACCUGGAAACGGAUCCCUACCGACACAAUCCUGCCUCGCUCCUCUCAUUCACUAUCGAUCAUCAAGAGUAAAGCAUACAUCUUUGGCGGCGAACAGCAGCCUCGAGAGCCCGUUGACAACCAUGUCCAUGUCUUCACUCUCCAGUCCGCCAACAACGACGACGUGGACUACCAAGUUAUCCGAGCAAAAGCCACUACAGAUGAGGGAGCCGUACCGUGUCCACGGGUUGGGCACACUGCCAGUGUGGUGGAUGAUCGGAUAUAUGUGUUCGGAGGUAGGGGCGGCAAGGCGAUGAAGCCACUCGAAGAGAACGGACGGGUCUGGGUUUUCGAUACCAAGAUGAACCAGUGGAGCUAUCUCGAUCCAGCUAAGGGCUCUCCUUAUCCUGCUGCGAGAUCCUAUCACGCAUCCACAUCCACUGGACAUCCGGUAAGCCCUUUCCAAGCGAAUACAGUGCAAGAUCCGCCCCCAUUCAACGCUGCACAAGAGCAUACCAAGAUUAAUCAGACCGUGAGCCCUUUCGGUACCAGAGCUUCGGGGUUUGACGACCAUGGCACCAUACUUAUUCACGGAGGAUGUCCAGCCUCAGGCCGUGUGUCUGAUGUGUGGGCUUUCGACAUAGCUUCGAGACUGUGGUCACAAUUCCCCGACGCCCCAGGUCCUGCGCGGGGCGGUCCCAGUCUGACCUUGAGUUGGGAACGAUUGUAUCGCUUUGGGGGUUUCGAUGGAGAGAAAGAGCUCGGGGGCACAAUACAGUUCCUGCGUCUCACAAAGUCUACGUUCGAUGUCAAGGGUGGCAAAGGAGACCUGGCUGUUGCUCCUCUGACUGGACAAUGGGAAAGUGUGGACCCUCCAAAUGGCACGCCCAUGCCUGGGGAUCGCAGUGUCGCGGGUCUACAACCGGUCACCACGGGCCAGGGACGUCACUACUUGCUGCUGUUGCUCGGGGAGCGCGAUCCUAGCUCUUCGGGUCAUGAGGCUGCUGGAAAGUUCUGGGACGAUGUCUGGUCAUUCCAACUGCGGCCAGAAGGGAUGACUGCUGCAAGCUUCAAAGAUGCCACAAGACAGCUCUUUGGAGCCAAGACUGCUGAAGGAACAUGGGCCAGAGUCGAUGUUCCAGAGUCUUCGAUGUCAGGCAAAAAGGAACAUCCCGGCCAGAGAGGAUGGUUCGCGAGCGCGCCGGCCCAGGAUCUUGACCCCGGCAGUGUUAUGUUGUGGGGUGGCGUGCUGAGUGACAAUUCGAGAGCGGGAGAUGGCUGGAUUUUGACUGUUGAAUCUUGA